AAAAAAAAGUUUGACAUGUAAACAGACUGGCGGGAGGAUACGAGACAGACGAUUCUGCGACGCCCAUGCAGCUUCACUGGACUUCCUUGCUGGUGGUAUAGUGCCGGUAGAUGUAACCAAGGAUUACCAUUGUUGAAGUGCUGGAUAAAAAUUCUCUGCAUACAACCAAAAAUAAGGAAUCUGUAAAGGUAAUAUAUAUCACUGCCAUUUCGAAGUCGAGAAGUGCACUUGAAGAACGUGUAGAGCUGGUGCUGCUAUUACCAAAGCCAGCCACAGCCACGAGGGAUUCCAAACUGACUACCUUGUCCAUACGGGAAUCUACUUAUUGCUUGCCUGUAUGGUUUGAGGAAACAUGGGAUUGUUUGGUCGCAGCCGCCACCGGGAGCUGAACAGCCUGACAUGCCUGGUGGUAGCCCUGGAAGGUUGGCGUACCACUGUAGAACUGCACAAUGACGCCUUUGUCUCGGGGCUCAUCAUCAGUGUGGAUGCAAAGAUGAACAUAGACCUGGAGAAUGCCAGAUACACUGAUGGUAAUGGUAAAACUGUGAGGUUAGAGAACUUCCAUGUGAGGGGCAGGAAAGUGCGGUAUGUCCACAUCCCUGACCAGAUCAACAUUAUGGAAGCCAUUCAGCAGAAGGUGAUGGUUAAAGUCCCACAUCGGCGGAUGACUGAAAAGGGACACAUUGCCCUAAAGCGUACACAGCAGACUCUCAAGAGGUACAGACGACAACAGGAGGAGCUGCAGCAGCAACAAGCAAGCUCUGCAUCUUCAUCUCAGUCCUUCCCAGGACCAUCUACCAGUAGCAAAUAAUUAGAUCAUAAACAGUUUAAAAUAUGAUACUGCAUGGAAAGAAUGAAGAACAAAGGGUUUGUAAAUGUGUAUGAAAGUGAUGUUGAAGGUGCUAAUUGGAGAGGAAAGCCACUUGAGGAUUGGAAGGAUAGGGUAAGAGUGUGUGAAAAGAGAUGUUGGCAGGGGUUAGCAGCUUGAACAAGCAGUUGAUAGGGAGAAGUAGAAGCUCUGUCACAGCCACUUCCUUAAGGUACUCCUCAGAGACAGAUAGAUGAAUAGGACACUUGAAAAUUAAUAUUCUUGAGAUAGGAGGUUAAAAGUUGAUUGUCAAGUUUUUUUUUUUACAAAAUAAAAAUGAGUUGCCUAAUAUUGUUAUUUGCCCAUGCAGUAAUGGCAUAGUAAAUACUUUAUGAUUAUUGUAUGAUGCAGAAAUUAGGUUUCUAAAACUAUGAUAAAAUAGAUGAGUACAAAA